UACGGUGGCCGCCGGGCCGGAGCUGGCGGCGCCGCGCGUUGCUCUUCGCGCUCCGCGGCCGGCCCGGGCCGGGCUGUGCGAGAGGAGCGGGGGCAGGGGGAGCAGGCGGCGGCAAUGUCCGAGCGUGAGCGGGCGCGGCGAGGCCCCAGCCCGCCUUUCUGUCCGCAAACCGGGCGCUGGGCCGGGCCCUGAGGCGCCCGCGGCCCGGCAGCGGGGUAACCCCGCGGUAGGCGCCGAGGAGCCGGCGAGGCCCGGAGCUGCCCCGGCUGAGGAUGGGGAUCCUCUUCACCAGGAUAUGGAGGCUGUUCAACCAUCAGGCGUCCAGCCCCACCUCAGACCUUCUGUUCCAGCUGAUUUCCUAACCUCCACUAUGCUGGCAACAUCACACCAGAAACAAAAGUUCCUAGUUAUGUGGGGUCAGAGCACAAAGUGAUCAUUGUUGGUCUGGACAAUGCAGGAAAAACGACCAUUCUUUAUCAAUUCUCCAUGAAUGAAGUGGUGCACACCUCCCCCACCAUCGGCAGCAACGUGGAAGAGAUCGUGGUGAACAACACGCGCUUUCUCAUGUGGGAUAUCGGCGGGCAGGAGUCCCUUCGCUCCUCCUGGAACACCUACUACACCAACACAGAGUUUGUGAUAGUUGUUGUGGACAGCACAGACAGAGAGAGAAUUUCAGUGACUAAAGAAGAGCUGUACAAAAUGUUAGCACAUGAGGACUUAAAAAAAGCAGGUUUGCUGAUCUUUGCUAACAAGCAAGAUGUUAAAGAGUGUAUGACAGUAGCUGAAAUAUCUCAGUUUCUCAAACUGACUUCAAUCAAGGAUCACCAGUGGCACAUUCAGGCGUGCUGUGCUCUAACUGGAGAGGGACUAUGCCAAGGACUCGAAUGGAUGAUGUCAAGACUUAAGAUCAGAUGAUCUUUAAUGACUCCUUUGCACAGACAUUGCUUGGAAAGAGCUGCACCCAUGAUUACCUUGGCAGUGGCAGAAUUAAUGGGUUAGGUGUAUUUAUACUGAACUGAUUUCAACUUUAUUUUCUACAUGGAUGCACACACACACACACACACACACACACACACACACAGGUGGAUGUAAACUCAGGCUGUUCACCAGAAAGAAAGGUGCAGUUGGUGGCUCCAGUUGGGUUUUCCUCCGAGGAUGCGUUUAAGAAGCUGUGAUCAACCUCCUUUUCAACAUACAGCCACUCGGAACUGUCCCAUGUUGUGGUGAUGAUGGUGAAGUGAGAAGAGGGAGCUUUUACUUUUGAGUUUUAUGACUCCAUUGUAGUCCUCUCUAGUCGAAGAUGUUGGCUUCAUCCCUGCAGUAAAUCAGCAGCAAAUCAAUGGAAUAGGUAUCAACUUCCCAGUAUUUUUAAGGUUAACGAUGUUACAAAUGCAGAAAUACUUUCCUGUAUGUGUACUGUACAUAUUUGUGUAUAUUUAUACCUCAGUUUUAGGUUAAUUGCAAUCUGUUCAAGACCAGUAAAAGCUGACUGGGUAUGUUGAUGGUGGUACUAAUACUUGGCAUCACCAGCCCGUCACACCUUCUUUUCCUUCAUCAUCUGUAUGGCUGUGGCGUCCCAUCAGACUGCCGGCUCACCACAACCUGAUAAAGCAAACUGAGACCAGUGCUUGGUUCCCACAUGGUUUUUCAGUGAGGGAGGAUGCUGUCGCAGAUUGGGGCACGUGGACUGAGCUUCAAACUACGGCGUUGGCAAUCUACAGACUUGCCAAAGAGUUUCAAACGGACGGGAUUUGUUUCUGUUGUGGUAGUCAUUGGAUCAGGUGAUCUCAAACAGUGCACAUCAUGCUGUGGCCUGGGCUACUGCUUUUCUUUCUUUGCAGUACUGUUCAGUUAGGAUUCCAGUCUAGCAGAAGUACCUUUAGCUGUCAUAAAGGGAAAAAAAUACUAUUGUCUUUUAUUUUUUCUUAACCAAAGAAGAGGCACAAAAGUCCUACUGGAAUCUUUCAAAAGAAGUCAUACUCUGUAAUCAGUGUGUUUCAGGAGAAGGCACGCUUCUCUCUGACAGCAUCAAAUGUAUCUGUGUCUGUAUGCCAUGAGUGGAACUGGGGUGGGGAGCAAACCAGGCAACACUACUUGAAAAGCUGUACGUGACCCCUCCGUCAUGUUUCCACUGAAGUGCCAGGGCGGUGCUGCUCAAACACAGCUCCCUUGCAUGGGCCCCAGGUGAGUUGAGAAGAUGUUUUGGAACACUAUGUGGUUGUCUUUCCUCGCUGCCAUGCAGAGAGGCCCUGUUAGAGGAUGCAGCUGGGUGCUUUGAAAUGUCCUCAGUAUUGUCAAAGAAACCUUAAUCAUGGGCUCUUACCUUGGAGAUGUACCUCGGGCAAGUACGGCAAAACGAAAUAAAGCUGUUGCAAAUGUCCUUCCCUUUCUUAGCUCAUGCAUCUGCUGAGGGUGGAAGAGACAUUUUAAACAAGCAGCCUAGUGUGACCUGUUGAAGGUGCUUUCCUGUGGUUCUGGGGUAAUCUCAUCAGCAUGCCUGCCUCCCUGUGUGCCCGCCUCACCGGGGGUCCUGUUGGGAAUCUGUGGGGAAGAGAGGGGAAGCCAAGUCAAAAGUCUGUAUUUAACAAAGGCAGGUAAAGGAUUUAACUUUUUAA